GCCCGAAUCGAAUUUAGUUGCGCCUCAGAGAAAGCGGAAGGAGAUCGCCGCACCUAUGUGAAGCACAGACAGAAAAAGACCCUCAUCUGUCCAGUAAGAAUGUUUCCGUUGCACAGAGAGAGGGAACAGCCCAUCUUCAGCACUCGAGCUCAUGUGUUCCAGAUCGAUCCCGCCACCAAACGCACCUGGAUCCCGGCCAGCAAGCAUGCGGUCACCGUCUCCUUCUUCUACGACGCCAACAGACACGCCUACCGCAUCAUCAGCGUGGGCGGGACCAAGGCGAUCAUCAACAGCAUAGUCAGCCCCAACAUGACGUUCACUAAGACAUCUCAGAAGUUCGGUCAGUGGGCAGACAGCAGAGCAAACACCGUCUAUGGCCUCGGAUUCGCCACGGAGCAGCAGCUGCACCAGUUUGCUGAGCGUUUUAAAGAGGUAAAGGAAGCUGUGCGUCUGGCCAGAGAGAAAUCACAGGACAAGAUGGAGCUGAGCACCGCAGCUCUCAAUAUCGCAGCGCCUCAGGUGGAUCAAAGUGAGGUCAUUUCAGCCAACGGACCGGAGGACAAGCUCUUCCGGAGCCAGAGCGCUGACAUUACUCUGUCCUCAGAGAAGGAGCGCAUUAAGAAGAUGCUCUCAGAGGGCUCGAUCUGUGAGAUGAAUCUGGAGGCCGAGCUCUUCACCUUACAGGACAGUAACGCUAAACUGGUGGCGGCGCUGCAUGAGGCUAACGCUAACGUGGAGCAGUGGAAGAAACAGCUGGCGGCGUAUCAGGAGGAGACAGACCGGUUACGAGAUCAGGUGGCGGAUCUGGAGGCUCACGGCGGUCAGGGACCCAGCGACAUGCUGAAAGAUGAGCUCACCCAGUCCCUGGAGGAGCUGGAGAACCUGCUGAAGGCAAAGGACGGGGAGAUCCGUAUUCUCCAGAGUAAGAAGUCCAACUUCCACGAGCUGGAGCAGGAGAGAGAAGAAGCCAUUCACAGACUGCAGGAGCUGGAGAUGCGUAACGUUGAGCUGGAGCGGCGCGUGCAGAGCGCUGAGCAAACCCUGGUGUCUGCGCUGGAGGAUCGCGAGCGCGCCGAGAACGAGGUGCAGAGGGUCGCUCAGAUCCUCGACGUCAAGAUCUUCGACCUCAACGACCUUCGGCAGAGUCUGGUCAAGCUCAUCAAUAAAUAGUGCGACCCUGCUUUCUUCUCGUUCAUCUUGAAUUUGCACUGAAACGCUCUUUCUGUUCCAGUCUAGCAGUAACUUCAGUGUUGAGGAUGUUACGAUGGCAGAUCAUGAACAGUGUGGCUACGGUACGCUUUAUUUUUGAUACAGAAACACUAGUGCUGUGUGACAUCUUUACAGGAUCACAAGUAUGAUUUUUUUUCGUAAUUUUUUUCUUUUAAACCAUGCUAAAGGUCACACAUCAUGAAAAAUAG